AUGCGAGUAUACACGUCGGACGAACGCCUUGCGUAUAGAACCUUGUGCGCAUUCCCCGGAUGCCAGGCGUUUCUCGACAAAUCCUCACGAGUUCGCAAUCAACGUCUUCUUGGUGCUGUGAAACGGACAGGAUCGCACGGAGAUGACGUGCCCGACAGCACGUCCGAGGUCGGGGCAGUGGACGAUUUCGGUGGUGCGGGUGACGACUCACGCAGCGCUGAUGGAAAAAAAGAUGAGGACACAGGCACCGGCGGUGGACUCCGCGGCCUAUUGGAGAGGAUCGAAGAGAAUCUCGGGGUGAGCAGGGAAGGCACGGGUACGGACGACGAGGGUACCGUCGACGACGGGGGAGACAUGGAAAGCGGGGGCGAGGAGGGUGACAUCGGGUUAGACGAUGAACGAUACGACGAUUUCCAGGGUAAUGUGGACAACAGAGGGACCGAUGGGGCACCUGAGGUAUUCGAGCCUCCCGGGCAUAAUGGUGGCGCGUCAUCUGCCCCCAGGUUAAAUAAGCUUCACACAAUGACGCCGUCUUAUGCAUCGAGUAAGACGGUGGAGGGCGGCGCCGAGAAAUUGAGAGAGAACACAAAAGCCCAAGGUUCUGAUUUCUACCCCUUUCGUACGAAGGAGCAACAACUAAUUUUCGUCUGGCAGCAUGUACAUCGGAUCUCGCAAAGGGCAUUGAGAGGACUUCUAGAAGUACUCUUGAUGCAGUACGAGGGCGAACCGUUUGACGUACGUGGGCUCGCAGACGUCGACCCCGAGCACUUCUAUGAUCGCAUGCGGCCGUACUUGCCCCUGCUAGAGCUGCUGGAGCGAGACGUUCCGUCGACAGACGACGGAACGACGUCGUCUGUCGUGUACGACCUCCCGGUCAAUCUGCUGCUCGACCGUGUCAUGCAGAUUCCGUCUGAGACUGCGCUGUCGAACGCAUACCCGGGAGGGCAGCUAUUGCGCGGAGAAGAGGCAACCGCAAAUUCGCUGACGAGCGACCACGUCAACUGCGUGCCUACACGGCGAGAGGGAAACGUCAUGAACUCAAACCACAACGGCACCCUCGCGAGGUCAAUCCCAUUCUUCGGCUUUGACGGCAUACGAGCAAGAGUGUGCGGGAGGAAGGUAUACGUCAACGACACUUGUGUUUGCGAGGUCGAGGGAGUGGCUACCCUAUGUCGUAUUUUGGAGAUCUUCUACGAUGGAGAACGUCGGUUGGUGCUAGUAACCGUGCGGCUGUUCAGGGGGGUGAGCGAGGUACGGGGCGUGGGGAAUGAGGAGAGACGUGGCGGACUGUUACGGGUGUGGGAGGAUUGCACCUGCAAACUGGAGUUGAAGGCCAACGACGUUCUGGGGCUGGUUGAGAUGGAGACGCCGCACGAGAUGGCGGCAGCUGGCCACCCGUACCCAUGGGACCGCUUUUUUGGGGAAGGUUUUGUAAGACAGACCGGUACAAAGCGAGCACUGCAGAGUAACGCCAGGCCUAAGCCGUUCGCGGUGACGGAGUCCCCGUGGUGCGCCGAGGGGCCCGCAAACAGGCCGCUUUGGGGGCUGCGACGUGAGGGCGUACAUCUCAACGACAUGAAUCUGCCCUACUACUCCGCGCCGACGGUGUUUCACUGCGAUGCAUUCAACGCCUUUGGAAUGGGUUGCAAGGUGAGCGUGUGGACCACCAUCCUUAUGUUAUUGCGGGACGUCCCCCCAGAUCUAACCCCGAGCGGGGGUGAUAAAUUCGCAAUAGCUUACCGUGAUUCCCCCAUCCUUCGUUUAUGCACAUGCAUGCGAUGUUGUGGUUCGCAGCAUUCCAUAGGAGGGUCCUACUUUGGAUGGGCUUGGCGAACGCCAGCGGUUCAGCGGUUGAAACAUCAAACGCACGUCGGCACUCUCGCGAGCCCGGGAGCUUGCAGCCAGGGAGAGACCGGCCUGCAGUGCGAAAUACUCGGACUGCUACAAAAUGGAUGCCUGGGGCGGUGCAAGCUGACAGACGAAGAAGGGGCGGCGUUUGAGCAAGAGGUUUUCGUGCGUGGCGGUCUGCUGCUGAUGUGUGGGGAUGGACAAGGGCGCUCGAAAUUUCUCGGCACGAAGGCUCCCAACAGCUGGUCCAAACAUCCGUGCGCGUACUGCAUGGUGAGUCAACGCGACGAUGAUACCGGCGGCGAUCUGGGGAACCCAAGGUUCGACAUCGACAAGCACCGCCGCACAUGGGGCCAGAUAACGGAUGGCUUGUCCGAGUUGGAUGCCCUCGCGGAUGUCCCUCGCGAGCAGGAUCGACGCUCAAGAGACCUGGGACUGGUUCCGCCGGAUGCGUCAGGGCUCCCCCUCCCUCUAUACACCGCCAUGCGCAUUGUUCCGACGGAGAACGUACCCGUCGAGCGACUGCACUUCGAUGCGCUGGGGCAAAGUCAGCUUUGCCAGGUGUUCUACUUGGAGAUGCUCUCCACUACAGGUCGCCGGCUUGUCUCAGCCAUCAUGGCCCAGAAGCCGUCUUUACUCUUCCAACCCGGAACACGGAAGCUGAAGGAUGUCGUGACCAACUACGCUUCUCUGANAAGGUUCAAUAUUCCGACGCAUGCACUUCAUCAGUUUUGCCAGGUGUUCUACUUGGAGAUGCUCUCCACUACAGGUCGCCGGCUUGUCUCAGCCAUCAUGGCCCAGAAGCCGUCUUUACUCUACCCACCCGGAACACGGAAGCUGAAGGAUGUCGUGACCAACUACGCUUCUCUGAAUGGCAGCGACAAGUGGACACUGCAAUCGAUCAUUCUUCUCAUAUUCCGGAUGGUUCUCCAGGAUGUUUCGGCAAUGGUGAGUACAUUUUGUAGCGUAGUCGGGCAUUCGUUGUUCCCGAGAAAAGCCAACACGUAG